GAAUGAUUUUGAAGUAAUUUGAAAUGAUUACAAGUAAUUCGCAAUAGUUUAUUUAUUGAGAAUUUCGAUCUCCGGAAACUCAUCCUAGCGCAGUAAAGACACUUUCCUUCAUGGUUCUGAUUAUUCGCAACUGCAGAAUAUUAUCCAGUCGACAGAACAAACAAGUUAAAAUUGGAGAUCUACAAGAUUAUCAAAGCAGACCCUGUCAUCAAGAAUCGAUUUGCAACAAAAAAAAUAAUUGUGCAAUGGGUCCAGCAGCAGUACUGGGAACAUUGUUCCUCUAUAGCAUUGCCAUGUUCACUUUGCCGUUUGCUGCUUUCUUUAUAAUACAACGUUUUAUGAUAUUAGAAUUCCAAACUGAUACUGCCGUGACUAAUUACAUUUCUGUAUUGGCUGCUGUAAUCACAGUGAACUUGAUUAUUUCUUGUUAUGUUUAUCAAGCUUUAAAUGAGUCUGUUGAAGAGAAGGAACAAAGUGAAGACGAAAUUAGAAUAGAAACUAAAGAGAAUUUAAAUAAGAAAUAUGAUUAAAAUAGUUUU